AGAACAAAAUAAAAUAAGGAAAACCAUUCAGUGUUGGUCUCUCCAUCUUCUUCUUCACCCCUGCCAACAUCUACCGCAGCCCCCGCCGCCGGCGCUCCUUUCCGGCCGUCAUAGGGCGGCUGUUUUACUAACUCAUACAAACCUGAUUACAAUUAAGCUAUCAACUGUCCUCAAAAAACGCUACUUCUAUUCAUACUUCCACGCCGUUAAACUCAUCCCAUUGCCAGCAACAAUGGGUUUCUUCGACCUCAACAUACCCUAUCCAGAAACCACCACAAAAUCCGAAAAAUCAACAAUCGAAAACAACCGAAUUAAACUAGCCGUCAAAGCAAUGGAAUUAGGUUAUACAGGAAUCGCUUACAACCGCACGAUGAAAGGCAUUAUGUCCGAUAACAACCGUUGUUCAAUCUCCCCUCUAUCACUCUCAUCACUCCUCAAUGUCGUUCCGUUUCUUUCUUCAUCGGCGAAACUCCACCGUGAGCUUCUCGGAGUUCCGUCAUCAACUCCGUUUCGUCAGUACACGCGGCUCACUGUUUGUGUUGAGAAUCAUUUGCAGGCUAAUGCUCUUAAUGCUGGAAACCCUAUUUUGAAGACUUAUGAUUUGGUAGCUGUUAAACCUUUAAAUCAGACUGUGUUUGAUAUUGCUUGUGAGAGAAUGGCGGUAGAUAUAAUUUCGAUUGAUUUUUCAGCUAAGUUGCCAUUUAGGUUGAAGCAGGCUAUGGUUAAAAUGGCUAUUCAGCGUGGCGUUGUUUUUGAAGUCUCAUACUCUGGUCUUAUUGCUAAUGUCCAAUUAAGGAGACAGUUAAUUUCCAAUGCUAAGCUGUUGAUCGACUGGACUCGGGGACGAGACAUUGUAUUUUCAAGUGCUGCUCCUUCGGUGAAUGAACUUAGAGGGCCUUGUGAUGUUUCAAAUUUGCUGUUAUUAUUCGGGCUCUCAAAAGAGGAAGCUAAAGCAGCUAUUUCCAAAAACUGUAGGGUUCUUUUAUCCAAUGCUCUAAGGAGAAAGCAAUUUCACAAAGAGGCAAUAAGAGUGGAAGUUUUAUCAUUGAAUAUAGCAUCUCAUUCCAAGGAAGCCCGGCAUCAGGAGUUACUAAAGUGGGACCCUAUCUCUAGCGGUAAAGGUGAUAUCUUAUUGGAUGACAUGGAAAAUUCUGGUCCAACCUCCUGUAAAGCAUCAAAGACUAUAAAAGCCAUUGACUUUGAUUCAGUACUAGAUAGCCUUCCAUCUCAAGGUUGUCAACUCAAGGAUUUCUUACCUGCAAAUGAUGCUUUCUCUAUCUUCUCCACUAAUAAGGUAAACUUCGUGUCUGUUGCCAAAAAUGUAAAUCAGUCAACACCUGUACCUAACACCUUAACUGAGCAGCCCAAUAGGCCUGAUAUUUGUCCCGAGCAAGAUGGAAGGUCAUCUUUGGAGGGUAUAACAAAACCUCAUAUUGUGAGAUGUGACAAUUUUUUUGAGAAAGUUAUAAACAGUGGAACUACUGAAGCUUUUCAUUCUAAUGAGAUAGAGACAAAUGACGCAAAGUUGGAACUAGAAAAUUCUAUUGACUCAGAUGUCCAGAUGGAUGAUACGGAAAAACCAUUAACAGCCUUUUGUAAAGCAUCAGAUAUUGCUCAAGCCACAGUAGACAGCUAUAAUAAUGGAAAUUUACUUCCUGUUGCUGAAAUUGUAAAUCAGUCAAAACCUGUACCUAACAACUCAACUGAGCAGCCCGACAAGCUCAACCUUUCUCCUGAGCAAAAGGAAAGGUUAUCUGAUACUGUCACAACACAUCACAAUGUGAGCUGUGACAAUGUUUUUGAGGAAAAUAUACAUAUCGGAACUAUUGAAUCUUUCAAUUCUAACGUGGAGAUUGACACUCAGACAAAUGGGACAGAGUUAGGACUUCAAAAUUUUAUUGAAUCAGAUGUUGAUUGCAUCCCAUUCGAAGCAAAGACACUUGAUUCGCAUCCAGUCUUGUGCAACUCAAGUAAUAAUAUAUUGGAUACUGUAAAAGCACAUGGGAAUGAGAAACUGCUCAAAUCUUUAGAUGAUCCUCACAACAUUGAUGGGAAAGUAGAAAUUUUUACACCAUCCAGAGGCAUAAGUUUUCCAGCUCCAUUACACGAAAAACACAAAGAGAAGAACACUGAUGUAACUUUAAAUGCACAUUUGUCAACUAUGCAUGAAAAUUUGCCAAAGGAAGAUUUAAAAAUUGCAGAGCAUACAGUUAUGGAUAUGAACACAUCUACUUCUGAAACAUCAGUGGAAGAUGGACCAUUUAACAAACGGGAAACUGAUGCAGUUGAAGUAGAUGAAAUGCCACACCAAACACCUUUUGAUGAAAUGAAAACGGAAGAUGAUUCCACAGUUGCAAUACAUUCAUCGCCAGAAGUUAUUAUGGAAGAUAAAAAGUUUGGUGAAGUGAGUACUGAUUCUGAUCAAUUUGCCUCUGCUCAGUCUGUCUCAGGUCGAUUGCGAGUGAAGCGUAGGACAUCUCCACUUCUUUUUCCUCCCUUGAAGCGAUUGUUGAAUAUGGUGCCCUUUAAGAAGAAAGGCAAAAAAGUUAAGAGGAGAACUAAUCCAAAGUAAGUAGUUAUUUUCUUCCGGACGAUUAUUGUUACUUGCAUAGUCGUGAGCUUAUUCUGUCACGUCUAUCGAUUUUUUAUAUGGGUUUUUUCAACCCUGAAAACUUGAUGAAUAGAGAUUCAUUUAUUUAGUCCAAAAUUAGCAAAAUACACACAAACACUGUGACUAUAGUUAUCUAUCUUGGAUGGUGGAGGCAGAAUAUGGAUAAUGGGAUAACUGCUACAUCAAUAUUUAGAUAUAUGUUGAAUGAUUUUAUUUAUAUAUAAUAUUUUUUCUGAUGUGAAGUGUAUCUUAUUGAAAAAGUAUUGUUUCUUAAGGAACUGAUGACUUGUGACAUUUCAUUUAUAAUCGAUGAUGCAUAUAAAGUGGAAUUCGAUGGAAAACUGGGGGGGGGGGCUGGCCAUGAACUCGGACGCUGUCACUAAACGGUGGGUAACUUGGUUCACCUGUCUCUUUUUAUACCUCAUACCAAGGUAAAAUAUCAUGAUAUCCUCGACAAUUGCACCGUAGUCUAUACCAUCAGUUUUUGGAUGGUUAAUACUUAAUGAUAUCACCCAUAACCUUACAAAUUGUAAGUUACAAUUGAUCUCUAUAAUUACCAUACCCAAAUCAAGUGACUGGAGCCAAUGGAUAGUGUAAAAUAAAACCAGUGGCCUCUCCUAUAUAAACUGGGAGGCAUUGGGGGAAGCCAAGUGCGGCAAAUGCGCCAAGUGCAUGAAAGACAACUCUCGAGUCUUGAAUGCAUAAUUCCAUUAAAGUCUAGUCUUUUUUCUCGAAAGAAAACAGUAUUGAAGGCGGAAUUCAUCUGAUGCCUAGUAGGAGGAACAUGGGCAGCAGAAGCCGGAACCAAACCUGUAUUUGCCUGCCUCUAGUUGCAGAAGAAAUUGGCACUCUCCUAGUUAAAUUGUUGCUACGUUUUUAAACUUGCAAAAUGAUUAAUUUCCUGCACAUCAAACAUUUUAUACAUUUUAGUUCGGUUAAAGAUGACUUAAUUAUUAAUUAACAAACAAUAUAUAUUACUGAACUAUUAAUCUUUUACUGAUUAGUGGAAUUUCUGCUCAUAGU